GUCUAUAGGCAAGCGCUAGAAGACGCCGAUUUUGUCCUUGUUACCGAAAAGAAAGGGACACCUGGUCACGUCGUAGACAUCUGCCACUUUCCGCAAUUAUCUGCGCAGCAGACAAAGAUGCUUCAGUUGGUUCAGCACCCGAACAUCGUCACGGUUCAUGAAAUGUAUAGCGACAAGGCGAAUCGUCACGUCGCCUACGGACGCAUGCCACGAUCAUUGCAAGAGGCCGUCGAUAACCUAUAUCUAAAUUGUCAACGCCUAGCACCGAUCUCAUGA